UUCAUGUGCAUUCCAGCCCAUAUCUGUCUAGCGGUGGGUGUGUCGCACACACAAUGUCUGGCAUAUUUUCGAGUAUGCUAGAACUAGGCCUUCUGACUGAGCAUGUCAAGUACAUCAAGCUUAUGUACAAGGUUCGAAUGGCGCUGGCUUUGCGAGUGUUGAAGGAUCAGCUGCCAGAAGGUUCAACAUUUACUGAACCUCGGGGAGGAUAUUUCAUUUGGGUGACACUUCCAGAAGGCAUACACUGCAGCAAAUUCAGGGAUAGGGCACAGGAAAAGUACAGAGUCAGUUUUGCACGUGGAGACAGGUUUUGUUCAGACCAAAGUGCAGCACCUGGUGACAGAUUUGAGAACUGCAUGCGCCUCUGCAUUUCUCACUAUAGUGCAGAUCGGCUGCUUGGUGGUAUAUCUGCGCUCUGUGCUGCCAUCAAGGAAUGUAUCGAUGGACCGAAUGGUAGCGCUGUAGUCUCAUAGAUUUUCGCACUGAAGAAUGUAUUGAACUUGCUUUAAAUCAUCUUUUAAUUGUCACACACCCUGCCCUGAGUGGCCAUGCAAGUAUAAGAUGAUCUAAUCACGAUUAUAGGGGUGACUGUAGCUAUAGACAUUUUUAGAAAUUGUAAGAAUAGGUCUUGAUGUCUUUAGACACUGGUUCGAUAUAUGGUUAGCCACUGGUUAGACAUUUAGUCUAAACUGAAUAAAUUAAGAAAACCAGAAGUAUUUGCAAUUAUGGUGGGAGAUUGCAUCUAGACGUGAUGCGGCCAUGAUGCCAUCAUGCCGAUUACCAAUUUAGUAGUGUCAGUUAGUCACGGAUAUGUCACAGUAAGAACUAACCGUAUAUUUUUCACAUACGUUCACCUAUUUUGCACA